AUGUCUACCCCCAAGCCCAAGCAGCCUCAAGAUGGAGACGACUCGGACGGGAUCAGCUGGGAUCAGCCUGUCCCCUACGAAGUGCACUCCUCCGGCGACGUGCUGGCAAGCUCGGCUGCUGUCAACAGUCAUGGCGGAAUCGACAUUGACUUCUCCUCCUCGCGCCCUGAGGAGCUGAAAUCCCUCCUCCCACCAUUCCCCUCUCCCAAGCAACUCGGCCAGCAAUUGCCCCCUGACGCCGACCGGAAAUGCCCCGCCUUGAACAUCACCAUCCAAGUCGUCGGAAGUCGCGGCGAUGUCCAGCCGUUCAUCGCCCUGGGCACCGCCCUCCAGCGCUACGGCCACCGCGUCCGCCUCGCGACCCACGACAACUUUGCCGACUUUGUCCGCAGCUCCGGUCUCGAGUUCUACCCCAUCGGCGGCGAUCCCGAAGACCUGAUGGCGUACAUGGUCAAGAACCCUGGCCUCAUCCCAUCCAUGGAGAGUCUGCGCGGGGGCGACAUUGGCCGCAAGAGGCGUAUGAUGCACGACAUGCUGAGGGGAUGCUGGCAGUCUUGUGUCGAACCUGAUCCUUUGUCGCGCCGACCGUUUGUCGCCGACGUCAUCAUCGCCAACCCGCCGAGUUUCGCCCAUGUCCACUGCGCCGAGGCCCUUUGUGUGCCGCUGCACAUCAUGUUCACCAUGCCUUGGUCCGCGACGCGAUCGUUCCCGCAUCCGUUGGCCAAUGUCAAUGGGGACAAGAUGGACCCCAGGACAUCCAACUAUCUCAGCUAUGGCGUCGUGGACCUCAUGACAUGGCAGGGUCUCGGAGAUGUGAUCAACGGGUGGAGGGUCAAGGACCUCAAGCUCGAGCCCCUGGCUGCAGCGGUUGGACCAGAUGUCGUGAGCAUCUUAAAGAUCCCGCACACGUACUGCUGGUCGCCGGCACUGGUGCCGAAGCCAGCAGACUGGGGCGAGACGAUAGAUAUUUGCGGCUUCUUCAUGCGCGAUGAACCAGCUUACACCCCGCCGGCGGAUUUACAGGCUUUCCUCGAGAACGGUCCAGAGCCGGUCUACAUCGGGUUUGGAAGCAUCGUCCUGGAAGACCCCGCUCGGGUGACAGAGGUUAUCAAGGAGGCGUGCCAGCGCUUGGGGGUCAGGGCCAUUGUUUCCCGAGGAUGGAGCAAGCUGGGCGGCACAGACCCCAGCACAAAGGAGGUGUUUUACCUCGGAGACUGUCCUCAUGAAUGGCUUUUCAAGAGGGUGGCGGCCGUUGUUCAUCACGGCGGUGCUGGUACCACGGCCUGUGGUCUGAUCAACGGACGGCCGACGACAAUUGUCCCCUUCUUCGGAGACCAGCCGUUCUGGGCUAAGGUGGUUGCGUCCAACGGCGCCGGCCCCAUGCCCCUGCCAUAUGCGAAGCUGUCUACAGAUGCCCUGGCAGAGGCCAUCGGAUUUUGCCUCAGCCCUUCAGCAAAGGAAGCUGCACAGAAAAUCGCAGCUCAGAUGCGCCAGGAAAACGGUGUCCAGACUGCAGUCCAAUCUCUGCACCGACAUCUGCCCAUCGACGAACUCCGCUGCCAUCUACUUCCCGAGUUUACAGCACGAUGGGCAUACCUCGCGAAGUCGAAGAAGGCACAGCAGCCCCUUAUCCGACUUUCCGACGAGGCACUUUCGGUCUUGAUCAAGGCGAAGAAGCUCAAAAUGUCGGAUGUUCAGCCCCUCCGCUGUAAGGAGUACCACGUCGAGAACGAACGAUGGGACCCUUUGACCGCUGGCGCGUCAGCCACUCUGGGCAUCGCCACGGAUUUUACCUCGGCAUUGGGAGGUAUUUGGGUCGACCCGUUCAAGGAGGUCAGGCGAGUCAGGAGAGACAAAGAGUCCGGCGAAUCCGCUGGCGCAGCUGCUGCCGUUGCCGUUGGCAAGGGCUUCGCGGGCGUGACUGGCGUCGUUGCCAAAGGAAGCCUCGUGGACUUUCCCCUUGCCAUGACUGAAGGGCUGAGGAACACGCCGAAGCUACUAGGCGAGGACGUGCGGGACCACGGCAAGGUGACGGACGCGAAGACCGGAGGCGUCGUGGCGGCCAAGAACUUUGGCUACGGGAUGUAUGAUGGCAUCACAGGGCUUGUCACGCGACCGAUGGAGGGGGCGAAGCAAGGCGGCACGAUGGGUUUCCUGAAAGGCGUGGGCCAGGGAUCUAUAGGCUUCAUUGCGAAGCCGGGCAGUGCAAUGUUUGGCUUGAUGGCGUAUCCCGCACAGGGCGUGUAUAAGAGCAUGAAGGGGGCGCAGAAAAACACGGUGGCAAAGGCAGUGGAAAGGGGGCGGUCUGAGAUGUUGAGUGAGCUUUCGAAGGGGGGUUCUGGUGACUUUAGAGUUGUUGGUUUGUUUGAGAACAUGGUUGGGAAGUAG